UUUUCUCUUCCCAGUCCCUAAUAUUUGUCUCGUCUGUUUGAUUAGUGAUAGCCGUUAUGAAGCUGAUCAUCAAAACCAGAGAAGCAGAGCAGAGCUGCUUAGCUCUACUCCAGAUAUGCGACGUCGUUUCGAAGCUGAAGCAAAUCCAGGCUCACAUUGUCAAACUGGGCCUCCGGAACAACCCCUUGGUGCUGACCAAGUUCGCCGCCACCGCCUCCGACCUCAAAGCCGUCGACUACGCCUCGUCCGUCCUGUUCUCGCCGGAUUCCGAUACGCAUUUAUACGAUGCUUUUCUCUUCAAUACCAUUAUCAGAGCUUACGCUCAUACCAGUCACGCGAAGCGUAAAGCUUUGUGGUUUUACAGGGUCAUGGUUAAAGGUGGAGUCUUGCCUAAUAAAUUCACCUACCCUUUUGUUCUUAAGGGCUGUGCUGGAGUUGGGGACUUGAAUUUGGGGAAGUCGGUUCAUGGUUCGGUGGUGAAAUACGGGUUUGGUGAUGAUGUUCAUGUCCGGAACACCAUGGUUCAUAUGUAUUGUUGCAGCGGUGGAGGGGUUGAGAGUGCACGGAAGGUGUUUGAUGAAAUGCCGAGCUCGGAUUCUGUUGCGUGGAGCGCGAUGAUUGGUGGGUAUGUGAGGGUGGGGUGGUCUAGCGACGCGGUGGAGAUGUUUAGGGAGAUGCAGAUGAGGGGAGUGAGGCCGGAUGAGGUUACUAUGGUUUCGGUUUUGUCUGCGUGUACCGAUUUGGGUGCGCUAGAGCUUGGGAAGUGGGUGGAGUCCUACAUUGAGAAAGAGGGGAUUCAGAAGAGUGUGGAGCUUUGUAACGCGCUGAUUGAUAUGUUUGCGAAAUGUGGGAAUGUUGAUAAGGCGUUGAAGCUGUUUAGGAGGAUGAGUGGGAGAACAAUUGUUUCUUGGACUUCUGUGAUUGAUGGUUUGGCAAUGCAUGGGCGCGGGGAGGAGGCUGUUGGAUUGUUUGAGGAAAUGAUUGGAGAUGGGGUGGAGCCGGAUGAUGUUGCGUUUAUAGGACUGCUUUCGGCUUGUAGUCAUUCCGGAUUGGUUGAUGAGGGGAAGAGGUACUUCAGUAUGAUGGUGGAAAGAUUUAGUUGUGUACCUAAGAUAGAACACUAUGGAUGCAUGGUGGAUAUGUUAUGCAGGGCUGGACGUGUCAAAGAGGCAUUGGAGUUUAUUCGUAAAAUGCCUAUUAAGCCAAAUCCGAUAGUUUUGCGAACGCUGAUCAGUGCUUGCCGUGCGCAUGGGGAGCUUAAGCUUGGAGAGAGCAUCACCAAAGAGUUAAUCAGGGCUGAACCCAUGCACGAGUCAAAUUAUGUCCUGCUGUCCAACAUCUAUGCAAAAAUGAACCAUUGGGAGAAGAAAACCAAGACUAGAGAGGCGAUGGACAAGAAAGGGAUGAAAAAGAUCCCUGGGAGCACUAUGAUUGAGCUAGAUAAUGAAAUUUAUGAAUUUGUGGCGGGAGAUAAAUCGCAUAAACAGUCCAAAGAGAUUUAUGAGAUGGUGGAUGAAAUGGGGAGGAAGAUGAAGAGGGCUGGCUAUGUUGCCACUACAUCAGAGGUUUUGCUAGAUAUUGAUGAAGAAGAUAAAGAAGAUGCUUUAAAUAGGCAUAGUGAAAAGUUGGCCAUUGCCUUCGCCCUUCUGAACACGCCACCGGGAACUCCUAUUCGCAUAGUAAAGAAUCUGCGGGUUUGUGAGGACUGCCACUCUGCUACUAAGUUCAUCUCUAAGAUUUAUAAUCGAGAAAUAGUGGUGAGGGACCGAAACAGGUUUCACCAUUUCAAGAAUGGUCUGUGCUCCUGUAAAGGUUUUUGGUGA